AUGGCUCUGCGACAACGGGUUGUCGAUCUGUACAAAACGCUCCAUCACAUGGGAAAAGAGUACCCGAAAGGUGCGAAAUGGUUCCACGAGAGGUUGAAGGGCGCCUUUUUGAAGAAUAAGGUGAGAUUUUUUGAGCUUUAGGGGUACUUUAGGGGGCCUUUUUCCAUAAACCCUCUAGUGACCACUUUGGCUUUUUAAGAAAAUGAUCACUUCAUGAAAACUCAUCCACGCGACUUUUUUCCUUUUUUUUAUUAUAUCAUUUUUGGGAUGUUGUAUAUUCAGUUCAUCUUCUGUUAACAAAGAGUGCUUGAGAAUUGUUUCAGAGUAAAAUUUAAAAAGAACCUUCCAGGACGAAAAGGACCCGAAAAAGAUCGAAGACCUUCUUUUGCGCGGCAACUUCGUGGUCAAAGAAAUCGACGCGCUGUACAAGCUGAGAAAGUACCGGGCCAUGAAGCAGCGUUACUACGAGGAGGAACCUUGUAAACAUACCAAAAAUUUCGAGGAAAAAGUCAAGGAUCAUCAUUAAUUUUCUGAGAAGUUUUGUUGAAAUACAUGUAAAGUGCUGUUUUGAGCUCAGUCGGCAGCAGAAAGCGCGCUCCAUCGAAAUUGGACCUUGAAAACUCAAAGCGGACCAGUCGGACCAUUUCUAGUGACCACUUUAGUGGCGUCAACGCUCUUAAGGGAUCCCUUGAAAUGCUGAGAAACGUACGGUUUCCAUUGCCGAGAUCCGAGAAUUUGGAGAGAUCCUUCUAGGGUUUCGGAAUUAAAAAAAGGCGUCGAGAAACUAUUAAGUGCCCCUUAAGUAAUCCCUUCUAUUUUUAUUUUACGCCUAUUCUUCAUUUUCUCUAAUUCUAAUCUUGAAAAAGUAUUGUGAGAAAGUUGUGAGCUGAAAAUCUCUUUAGUGGUCACUUAGAUUUAUUAUCUUCGUUCUCUAUCUCUCUCUCUCAUUUCUCCCUUUAAAUAUUGAAUGCAAAUUCAAGGUUUUUCCCAGUCACUAUAGUGAGCACUCCAACUUUUUUUUCGAAGUUGCGCUCUUUUUAUUCCUUAUUUCGGUAGAGCGCAUUUUCUGUGUGAAUUAGGCCGGCUUGAAGUUUCAAGUGAUUCCACUGGUUUUUGUGUAUUUUCUCCCAAUUUUGAUAAUUUUAGAGAGUUAAAUUCCAAAUUAUUAAUAUUUAUUAAAAUCUGGCCUUUCGCCAAGUAGAAAUGCGAAUCACUUGGAACGCGGAAAAACAUUUUUCUCAUAGAAAAAAUUCAUAAAAUCUUUUAUAUCGCAUAGAAAAAUCUCAAUGUAAACUUGUAGCUAUACAUCGUACAAUCGACUUGAAACGAGUUAUGUAAAAAAAAACGGAAGAAGAAUAAAGAUAUGAAAAAGUUUUUGUACAUUGCAUGGACCAUUCCCAUAGAAAGUAUAGGAAUCAUCCUAUAAAAAGGGAAAAUUCAGCAAAAAGUACCCGAAGAAGGAAAGAGAAGGAGGAGAAGCAAAGGAAGAAAAACGAAACAUUUCUGACCGCAUUUGGAAUGGCUCGAUGCGUUGCGUUUGCAACUAA